AUGGCAGAGCCUUCAAAGCUUCUUCAUGCGCCUCGCGAUGUUAUUAAGCUUAUGCUCGAGGAGCUGAAUCAAAGUGACCGAGAAGGAUUCAAGAAGUUCCGCUUAGUGUCAAAGACUUGCCGCCGCGAGUCGGAAUUCCUGUUCUUUCGGACCGUCGCGCUGCACGACAAAACCCCUUCAGCGAAGGAUGCAAGUUUUGCAGUAAUGAGGAGACUGGCGGAUAAUCAAGAUUCCAUCGUACACCUUGUUUGGGACUUAAGAGUUGGCCCGAUUGGGGAUGAACAAUGGUUCUACUUCGAAAUCCACCCUGCGCUGCAAGACAUGAUCGGAAACUGCACGAAUAUACAGUCCUUCACUUGGUUGACUCACCAUGGAACCGGAGCUGGCUAUGGUCAUUACUCAGCCGGACGUGAUCCCUUGACGCUUUUCCAUAAGACGCAGCCUUCCGCGAGGCUGGAUGUUGUCUACCGCGACCGCCAGUACACACCAAUUGAUCGUGCCCUCCUUUCAAGCCCGCAGUUGCACACUCUUGACAUUAAUGCGUACUACGAUUCCAGCGACUCGUUUGGGAGAAGCGAACUUCAGAUCCUCAAGAAGUGCUUAGUUGAAGGAAAUAGCGUCAAAGUUCUCCGUCUCGGGUUCGACGGCGUCUGGCUACCCCGUAAAUACAGCGAGCACGAUCCACGGGUGCGGUUUCAGGACUGGGAAGGCGUGACGACUGGAAAAUUGAACUUUCACUGGCAAAGGGGCGACCGAUUCCCUGCCCUAGAAGAGCUCAAAAUUCAAUACCCGCACUAUCAAUUCACACCCGACCACUGCAAUAUGUGGGCCCGUGUUAUGGACUGGAGCAAACUGCGGAAACUCGACUUGAACAGAGGCUCGCCUCGGCAUCUGUUCGCUGCUCUCAAAGACCAGUUACCGAAUCUAAAGUACCUCAAGUUUGGAAUAUGGGGCCCUAACCCAGGGAAUUCGACCUGGGAUCUGCAGCCUUUGGAUACUGGUUUACCAAUCCUAUCGGCCUUCAUCGUCUCUAUUACCGCACUUAAUGAAUUGAGAUUUAAGAGUUUCGCUUACGAGGAUUUCAUGGCUGCUUUGUCAAUUAUUCUGGAACAUCAAGGAGCACACUUGAAGAGGCUUGACAUCAGUUGUAGGGCUUACGGGAUGAACGCAUGGAAGGUGGAGCAGUAUAUGGAAGUGCUAGGGAAAGCCCCAGAUCUAGAGUACAUGAAGGCAAAAAUAAAAGAUGGUCAUCUAGAAGGGACAUGGGAAGACGGAGGAAGGGCGCUAGAUCCGUGGGACAAGUUUUUGAGCGCGGUGAAGAACGACAAAGUCGUACCGGAGCAAAAAUUGAGCAAGAAAGGGGAGAAGAAAGCGACUGGGGAUCCUUCAAGUCCUUAUAAAGGCGUGAGGGAUGCCCGGCCCUUGGCGUUCAGGAGAUGA